CAUUAUGUCUGUGUGUACUCGCAGAUCGUCCAAGGUUAUGCUACUCCACUCAGGCUGCUUAUCGCCAGUCCCGCAGUCUGCCCGAAGUCUAUAAAAGAUCGCGCAGAAGCCUCAGAAGAUCGCAAAUUCUAUUGCGCACUCAAAGAUGAAGCUGGACGCGAGACUGUCGCUAUCUAUUGUCGUGCUACUCCUCGUGGGAGCAGCCAAGGCGCGACCCCAUUUCGACAAGAUUGCCGGAGCGCUGAUCGAUGCGUUGGAUCCUUUUUCACAGCACCACGCACAACCCCCAAUACCGGGACACGCCCACGGACCAGGACACGGCUACGGCUACGGGCCGGGUCCACUCAUCCAGGAGGGCUAUGAGCAGGGCUACGACCACUACUACGGCGGAGGAGGAGGAUAUGGCUACGGAUAUCAGCAGGGACCGCCGCCAGGAGCUUACGGCUACUAUCCUCCACCUGCUGGCUACUAUCCACACAGGCCACAGGAACCCUACGCAGGCCACCCACCCAGGGAUCGGAACUACAGUCAGGACUAUGGAAGAUCAGCUGGAAGAGCUGGAACACCUGCAUCCACUGGCGGCUACAAGCAGCGGGGUUACUAGCCUUCACCUGUGAAAUGUUACAGACAUAAUCUCUCACCCCUCCCUGCCCUGCCCUCCCCUCUUAAUCAUCUUUC